GCUUUAUCCGGCGUUUUCUUGUUAGCGGGGUUUGCGGUUGGUUCUGUUCGCUAAACAGCAAAGCGAUGUCUGGUCGUGGGAAGCAGGGCGGCAAAGUGAGGGCCAAGGCCAAGUCGCGCUCUUCUCGGGCCGGGCUGCAGUUCCCCGUGGGCCGCGUGCACCGGCUGCUGCGGAAAGGUAACUAUGCUGAGCGGGUCGGGGCUGGAGCGCCCGUCUACAUGGCGGCCGUGCUGGAGUACCUGACGGCCGAGAUCCUGGAGCUGGCGGGCAACGCGGCCCGCGACAACAAGAAGACGCGCAUCAUCCCCCGCCACCUGCAGCUGGCCAUCCGCAACGACGAGGAGCUCAACAAGCUGCUGGGCAAGGUCACCAUCGCGCAGGGCGGGGUGCUGCCCAACAUCCAGGCCGUGCUGCUGCCCAAGAAGACUGAAAGCCAUAAGGCUAAGAGCAAAUAAGCUCAAUCAAUGAAGCUGCUUAGAUUUUUUUAAGGCAUAAUAUAACCCAAAGGCUCUUUUCAGAGCCACCCACACAAUCAGAAAAGAGUUGGGUUGCUUCUUUGUGAUAGUGCUUUUAGUAUCAAGUGUCUCUUUUAUGCUGUCUUUGUUUUCAUGGUUAAAUCUAUGCUCUGUAACAGUAUCUCAAUUUUAGGUUCCUACAUAAGAUGUCAGAUAUUUCAAUUAUAACUCAUUAUUUCCAACAAAGAAAAGCUAGAUAUAUUCGCAGUUUUGUACUAGAUGCUUUUUUUUCUUAUAAGUAUUCGUUUUAUUCAAUCUGUUCAUUUUUAUUGACGCUUUAUAUUGCAUGUCAUGGUCUUAUGCUGUGAAAUUAAGGGGGAUGAGAGGUAGCUAAAAGGUGAGAAAAACACCAUGGUACAUGAUAAGAAAAUAAGUGAAUGAACUGACUCCAGGUGACUAUCUAACAAUGAGGAACGGUUUCCUUAGCAGGCCCUUGGUCUUUUAAAAAUAAAUAAAGUUUUCCUGUGGCUGUACUUUGUUAUUUAGAUAUUGAAUUGGGAAUGUCUUAGGGAAUAGUUUAUUUUAAUCUGGACCCUUAACUAGUUGGUCUUAAGCAGUAAAUCACCAACUGUAGAAUCUUUUCAUUCAGAAGAAACCAGCACUGAUAAGUUCCUGUUUAAAGCAGGAUUUUCAGAUGUGAAAGUCUUUUAAAAUUACCUCAUGGUGCAUUGCUAUUCCUCUGUUAACAGUGGGUAGUGUUACAUGAAUAAAUCCUAUACUUUUCUGGCACA